AUGGUGUUGAAAAAGAUCAAAGACGAGCUUGGUCCCAGCCUGUACUUUACCGAAAGGCAAACAAGGAGAUCAAGACUGACUGCUAGUCCAUCAAAAGUUUCGACUAUUGAUGAGACUAAUGAUGCGAAAGAAAUAUAUGAAUAUGAGAGCAAAGAAUUGUUAAGCAUUUCACCACAAUCAAACAAGCAUCACGAUGUAAUGAACAGCAAGCGUAGAAGAAGUCAAGUCAAGACGGAGAGCGAUUCAAAGGAUUUGAUAGCAGCAGUUAAAAUUAAAAAACAACGCGUGUCUCGAGCGACUUCCACAGAAACUCUACCUACGCAGCCUCCACCACAUUUUUGGCCGAUGUACAACGAAAUCAAGAAGAUGAGAAGCAGGAUAAAAGCACCCGUUGAUGAAAUGGGCUGUGCAAAUGUUGCGACUACAGUCUCUGGUCUUUCCGAAGGAAAAGUGUACAGAUUCCAGUGUCUUAUAUCGUUGAUGCUCUCUUCUCAAACUAAAGAUGAGGUUAACUUUCAAGUGAUGAAAAUUUUACAGGAUUACUUCAUUUCCAAAGGCUAUGAACAUGGUUUGUCGUUGGAGGCCAUACUAGACAUCGACGAACUCGUCUUGGAUCAGCUAAUUUAUAAGGUUGGUUUUCAUCGAAGAAAAGCGACAUAUAUAAAACAAACGGCUAACAUUCUUCAUGAGAAAUACAAUGGAGAGAUUCCCCGAACAAUUGAGGAAAUCACUUCUUUUCCUGGUGUCGGUCCAAAAAUGGGAUUCUUGUUGUUGCAAAUAGCUUGGAAUAUCAACACUGGUAUUGGAGUGGAUACACACAUGCAACGAAUGGCGAAAAUAUUCAAGUGGGUACCUGCAAGCAAGAAUAUGAGUCCCGAAUAUGUAAGGCGAUGUUUUGAGAGUAUGCUUUGGGACCACAAAGAGGAAUGGUCAAGAAUCAAUCCCAUUCUAGUUGGUUUCGGUCAAGUUGUUUGUCUACCUCAGAGGCCACGAUGUGAUGUUUGCACUUUGUCACGGACAGGUAUCUGCCCUGCAGUCGACAAAGCUUUGUUGAAAAAGGCUGAUAUGGACAAGCAAAAUGGUAUCAAGAUUGAUUCAAAAAGCAGAGGCGAUCUUUCCAAUUUGAUCAAAGACAUAGAAGACUUACGUUAA